AUGCCCCUCGGAUUCGGAGGCCAAGGCAUCACCAACAUCUGCGAGAUCGCCGACAACGCGCUCACCGCGAACUGGCAGUACACGUCGUCCUACCUCGCGAGCCGCGUCCCGGCGCUCGACGGCAUCGCCGCGCCCUCCGAGGACGGCACCCUCCCGAUGAACGGCAUGAUCGAGCCCGUCUGGGACCGUGUUCGAGCCCGCGGCGCUGAAGGAGACAGUCGGCGCGAACGAAACAUCCUCCCCGAGUUUGCCGACUCCGCCGCCGCACCGUGCGCCGCGAAGGGCCUCCAGCACCUCCUCUCCCAGAUGUUCUACGCGCGCAAGUUCGAGAGCGUGAAGGCCUCCGCCGUGGAGCUCAGCGACGACCACUCCGCGAACCCACACGCCCGCGAGUUCGCCGCCCAGGUCGCGGUAUCCAUGGACUCGCUCCGGGGCGAAGGCGCGACCGCCUGGCACACGGUGAUCCCCUUCUCGAAGGCCGUGGAGCUCUCCACCGCUCACGUGCGAAACCAAGUUCGCCUCGAGCUCGGCCUCAUCCCCGCCGCCAUCAAGAUCCUCAUCGACCGGAAACUCGCAUGCCACCAAGCCGAGUGCGGCAACGAGACGUUCACACACAACGCCGUCCACCACAUCCUCAACCACAAGGAAGGCAACGCCGGUGGCAACAGGGUCCAAACCCACGACCGCGUGGUGCGAGCCGUCGCACAGCUGUGCAAAGACGUCGGACUCGGCGUCGAGACGAAAGGCAUCCGUGGCCUCCUCCCCCCAGACGCCGUGCGAGGUGGACGCCACGAAUGCUGGAAAACCGUCGACAUCAGCAUCACGGGACUCGACAGCCGGGUGGCCAGGACCCUCGGGGACGUCGUCGUCCCCCACCCGUUCAGUGGUGACGGGCGCGCGAAAUACAACGGUCGGCGCCCCACUGCGACCCGCUCACCAGCGAACAUCCAGCCGGGCGAGUACACGCUCGAGGCGGAGAAGAAGAAGCUCGACUGGUACGGCAACAUCCCCGCGGGCCGCAACUUCGGCCUCGUGCCCAUGGCCAUCGACACGUACGGUUUCAAGGCGCCGCGCUUCCGCAGUUUCCUUAACGAUCUCGCCGAUCACGGUGCGAGAGGUACUGUCCCCGCCGGCGACGCCGCCUCCGAUGCCGCGACCGAGGCCACGCUCUCCGCCAUCGCGAGGAGCAAAAGCUAUUGGAAACGACGCAUCAUGGGCCACAUCUCCGUCGCGCUCGUAUCCGCCAUCGGGGACCGCAUCGCUGGCGCGCCCAUCUCGUACGCGCUCAGAACCGCACGUGACUCUGAAAACUUCCACGCGGGCGCGGCAGCGCAAAUCCUUUUUAUGGAGCCCGACACUGCUGGCGAUUUCCACAUCGCCCCGGCUCCGUGCGCUCGUGAGGCUCACAUGGGUUUCAUGAAUCCCGUCGUGGGGUUGCUUACUACGUGAGAGGAUUGUUCGUAGUGUGGUCUGCUCGCAUUUAGAUCACAUGUUUUGCCCGGAUGGGUUAGAGCUCAGUCUUUUUGUAAUCAGAUACACACAC